AUGGCGGCACUGACCGGUGUGUACUCGUUUUCAUCGGCGGAUUUCCGUGUGACAAAUGACAUGAAAAAUCAUUUCGAUGACAAAGGAUACAUUUUAGUCAAAGGAUUGUUUGAUAAGGAUGAGAUAGCAAACCUAAGGAGGGUUUUCGAGGACACAGACAUCAUCAAGGAAAACGGAUAUGGAUUGCCAGAUGGACAAGGCAAACAGGCGACGAUGUUAUUAUGGAACAAUCCCGGAAACGACGUAUCUGGAAUGAUGGCACGAUGCGAGAAAGUUGUCAAUACUUGUGAAGACUUACUAGGAGGUGAGGUGUAUCACUACCAUUCCAAACUGAUGUACAAGAAACCCUUCACUGGCGGUUCUUUUCUCUGGCAUCAGGACUACGGGUAUUGGUACCACAAUAGCUGUUUGUUUCCUGACAUGAUGACGGUAUUCAUAGCCAUCGAUAAAUGUUCCCAAUCCAAUGGCUGUUUGCAGAUACUGCCCGGCUCUAACAGAUGUGGUCGCAUUGUCCAUGAUGCGACACACGGUCAGACUGCAGCCGAUCAUGAGCGUGUGUCUGCUAUCGAGAAGGUCUGCCCCAAGGCUUAUGUUGAGAUGGACCAAGGAGACGCCUUAUUCUUCCACAGUAACCUGUUGCACUCAAGUUCUGGUAAUGAGAGUCCUGAUAGGAGGUGGGCUUAUCUUAUUGCAUACAACACUAGGGCAAACAACGCAUUAGUGCCUCACCAUCAUGCCCAGUACUCGCCUCUACAAAAGGUGCCGGACAGUGCAGUAAGAGAAUGCAACAAUUACAGUGAUUUCACUGGAAAGGAUUUCUUUGAUCCCACUGACAUGGAAUCGCCUAAGAACGCUCUCGUCAAGACACAGGCAAAGUUUGAAAAAUAG